UUUUUAUUAUUAAUUUGGUAUUGAUUAGUGUUAAAUGGUUGGUACGCUUGCUUGAGCUUACUCAUAUAUAUUAUCUAAAAAACAGAGCUUUCUCGUACACAUUUUUGAUUAAGUUAUUCACAACACUAACAUUUGAGAUUUAUGUCCAAAGUAGUAGCCUCAACCAUUCUUUUAUGCAACCCCCUUUUCAAUUUGGGGUCUUUUAUUUUGUAUUCUUUUUGUUUAAUGUCUAAAGAUACAAAUCUCCAGUUAGGAUAUAAUCAUGUUUUAAAAUUUUGAAAUGACAAGAUUGUGACAUCAUGUUGGGAAGUGGAGUUGUUGGUAUCCUAUCUGAGUCUUGUAAUGUAUGGGAAAGGAGAGCUCCAUUAACCCCUGCCCACCGUGCUCGCCUUCUCCUCAGUGGAAACGGAAAUGGAGUUGAUCGUAGUAUAAUAAUUCAGCCAAGCACUAAACGUAUCUAUUAUGAUUCACAAUAUGAGGAUGUUGGUUGUGAAAUAUCAGAUGAUCUAUCUGAAUGUGGUCUCAUUUUAGGAGUCAAGCAACCAAAGGUAAUAAGAUAUUGUCAAGUCCAAUGCUAUUUAAAAUGUGUAAAUUCAUAGCUAAUUCAUUCAUCACAGUUGUAGAUGAUUCUGCCAGAUAGAGCAUAUGCAUUCUUUUCCCACACCCACAAGGCUCAGAGUGAAAACAUGCCUUUGUUAGAUAAGGUAAAUAUGUUAUGACAUGUUGGAUUAUUGUUUCUAUUUGAUGGCCUCACGAUGGGAAUAAUUAUUUUGCUUAUAGAUUCUAUCUGAAAGGGUGUCACUAUAUGAUUAUGAGCGUAUUAUUGGAGAUGAUGGCAGAAUGUUGCUUGCAUUUGGAAAAUUCGCUGGUAGAGCAGGAUUCAUUGACUUCUUACAUGGUAUGGGAAAAAGAUACUUGCAUCUUGGCUAUUCUACACCUUUUCUGUCUCUUGGGACGUCUUAUAUGUAUUCUUCUUUGGCUGCUGCCAAGGCUGUAAUAAUUGCUUUUGGGGCGUCUGAACCGGAUGGCGGGCGGCCGGCGGUGGCGGGAUUCAUCAGACUGCACACCAUAUAGUCAAGUGUUGUCCUGGCCGCAAGGAGCACGUACAGACAAGCCACUAAAAAAACUAGACUUGUGGAGAUUGCCCGAGAUCUUAGUUGUUCACUUGAAGCGGUUUUCUUAUAGCAGAUGCAUGAAAAACAAGCUUGACACCUUUGUGAACUUUCCUGUUCACGGUCUUGAUUUAAGCCAGUAUGUAAAGCACAAUUCUGAUGCUGCAAGGCAAACACACGUGUAUGAGCUUUAUGCUGUAAGCAACCACUACGGAGGAUUGGGUGGGGGCCACUACUCUGCAUAUGCAAAGUUGAUAGAAGAGGACAGCUGGUUUCAUUUUGAUGAUAGCUUUGUUUCUCCGGCAAGUGAAGAUUCAAUCCAGACAACAGCGGCAUAUGUUCUUUUUUACAGGAGAGUCCAGGUUGAUACGGAAAAGUCUAAUAAUACAGAAAUGGGCAAUGGGGAGGAGCCGUCUUCUAGCGCUAACUCCUUGACAUGAAACAGAACCCCAAAGUUUUGCACAUUUUCAUCGCUCUUGCUCGUUUUUCUGACGGCAGCGUUCCCGUUCUAUUCUUUUUGCUAUACAAUUGAGGGAUGGUGAAUUUUGCUACUACAUUGGACAGGCCGCCGCAGUUUUGUGGUGACUGAAUUUGGAGGUGUUUCAUUCAUUGGCAUACUUGGGUGUCUUCAAUACCAAAACACUGUGAAGCGUUUAUAUACCGAGGCGUUAGUCUUAUACUAGAAAUUUUUGUAUGUAGAUUAGAAAUUAUUAUUCAAGGCGCCCAUUUAUUGGUCGUCUCAAGUCGAAGUGAAUAUAAGGUUCUAUUGUCUUGCUGUUAUUACUAA